AUGCUCUCUCUCCUUUCUAAGGCGCUCUCCUACUUCUGGAGACGCGCAGAUGACGAAAAUGAGAGAUGGGCGACCUCUGAUGAUAAAGAAUUGAAAAGGGUACAAGGAGUAGUGACAAGACUUUGCCAUGAUUAUGGGAUGAUAGAUGACAUGAUAGUCUUUACGAAGGAUGUUGUCACAAAAAACAUGCUGCUGGCUGUUGGACAAGAAGUUAUUGCCACUGUGGAAGAGGAUAAAACAUCAGGUGGCCUGAAGGCUGUCAGGGUGGAAACCAUCUGGAAUACAACAGAACACUCUGGUCCUACUUUUGAUGCAUCUGAACUAAAUAAGAAAACAUUAAUUGGCUGUAUUACCUCUCUCUCUAUGGAUGGUGGCUAUAUUAAUCAGAAUACUUACUUUGCAAUGCAAGAUGUCUGGGAAGAUUUCAAACCUUAUGAAGGUGACUGGGUGCAAGCAAAAUAUUAUAUUAACUCGACAACAUGGAAGAGUGAAGCAGUUGCUGUAAGGCCUUUGAGGUAUAAACAAGUAAACAAGGUUUGCAUUUCCAGCAUCUGUGGAAGAACUGGGACAGUAGAUGACAGUAUAUUUUUCACUUUGGAUUCACUGAGACUUCCUGAUGGUUACUUACCUCGUAGGCAUGAUCUAGUGAACACAAUCGUGGUGGAGAGCAGUCAGUCCUGUUACAUUUGGAGAGCUCUCUGCUUGGUGCCAGUCAGCCAGGAUGGACAAUCUCGCUCUGAUGAUAAUGUGGAUGAGCCUUAUGAAGACAUCAUGAGAGACAAAGGAGAGCUGAAAGUAUCAAGAAUGACUGACUUUGGAACUCUGAAGCAGGGGGAAUCUAAAAGAAUGAUCAUUUGGAUAGAGAAUAAAGGGAGCAUACCACAGUCCUUAAUCAGCUGCAAAUUAGCUGGAUGGGUGAAAGACAAGCAAUUCAGUGUUGAAAUCCCUCAAAAAUGUGAGAACAGUCCAUAUUUUCCAAUAAAUCAAGAACACCUCUCAAAAGCUGCAGUUAAUUCAUUUAACAACAGUGGAGGAACAACAUGUGAGUCACUGAACCACAAGUCCAUCAUGAAGAAUGGAGCCAUUCCAGAAGGAAUUGAUUUUCAAGAUACAAAUUUGUCAAGGACAAAGGAAAACAAUUCCUUGGUGAAAGAUGAAAAUACGCAAAAUGGAGAUUGUGAGCAAAAAGACCAUGUGGAGCAAACAGUUAAGCACACCAAUAUUAGUCCAGAAAUUGUGAUACCACCAGGUGAAAAAAUAUUCAUAGUGAUUGUAUGCACAGCUGUGAUUCAUGGACACAGUAAAGAGCUCUUGUUGCUUGGCUUUCCUGAUUUUACUGUUGGCCGCUAUAUUGAAGCCACUGUAACAAAUGAAGAAGAAUUACUUAUAGCACCUGUAAAACCUUAUUCUUCAAGAAAGCCUAAAAUUGUUCCAGAUUCUCAGCCAAGGAAGACAACAGUGGCUGGUCCUACAUACAAAAGAAAUAAGAGACGGUGGUGUUCAAACUUUCUCCCGCAUUAUACCAUACCAGAUGAAUUAAGAAAAUGUGUUGAACAGCAGUUAGACAUACUGACCUUUCAGCCCCUCCUAGCAGAGCGUCUUAAUCUAGAUAAUUAUAAGGCAAACUUUUCUACUCUUUUAUGGCUUGAAGAGAUCCAAGCAGAAAUGGACAUAAAAGAUUACUACAUGAGUGGGGUUACUUUAAAAAGGAAUGGGAACCUGUUAGUGCUGGAAGUGCCAGGAGUAGAAGAGGGCAGACCUCGCCUGGUUCCAGGUGAUAAGGUGAUAUUGAAAAGUCAGAUCUACUCAGAGCAUAUAAUAGAGUACAUUGCCUAUGUUGCUGAGAUAUGUGAAGAAGAUGUUACUCUUAAGGUUAAUGCAGACUUUGAACGGGCUUACAACUUGGAACCCAUGGAUGUGGAAUUUGUUCAUUGCAGGAUUCCUAGCAGGCGAUGCCAGUUGGCCAUUCAGCAAGCUCUCUACCUGGGUGAAAAAGUGUUAUUUCCGGAAAGGCUUGUGUUACAAUCACCACAAGUUAUCAAGACACCGAAUGCUACAGAGCAUUUUGCUGUUGAUGAUGGCCUUAAACAGUCUUCACAGCAGGAAAGUAAGGUCAAAAAAAAGCAGAACAAACAUACAAAAGCUGGUGAAACUGUGGCACAUAAACAGAGAGAUGGUGAAUUUUUCAAUCCUGUGCUGAAUGUGCAACAGAAACUGGCAGUGAAAAGGAUACUGAGUGGUGAAUGUCGCCCAACACCUUAUCUUCUCUUUGGACCACCAGGAACUGGAAAAACAGUAACAGUAAUUGAAGCUAUUUUACAGAUACAUUUUAGUCUCCCAGACAGUCGGAUUUUGGUAUGCGCACCGUCAAACGCUGCAACAGAUCUGAUUUGCUUGAGGCUGCAUCAAAGCAAUCUCUUAAAACCAGGGACUAUGGUCCGAGUUAAUGCUGCCUUCAGGUCCGCAGAGCUAAUUGAUGAUAUGGUGAAACCUUACUGCAAAGAUGGUGAUGAUAUUCAGAAGGCAUUGUGGUCCAGGAUUGUAGUUACAACGUGCAGCAGUGCAGGAUUGUUUUAUCAAGCAGAUACCAGGCUUGGACAUUUCACUCAUGUGAUUCUGGAUGAGGCAGGUCAAGCAAGUGAACCAGAGAGUCUGAUUCCUAUUGGGUUGAUUUCAGAAGCUGAUGGACAGAUAAUUCUCGUUGGAGAUCCAAAGCAGUUAGGGCCCCCAAUAAAAUCUAAACUUGCACAGACUUUUGGAUUAAGUAUGUCCUUGCUGGAAAGACUGUCAUCAAGAGAGCUAUAUCUGAGAGAUGAGGAUGCUUUUGGUGCCUGUGGAGCAUACAAUCCCUUGUUGAUCACUAAACUCACGAAGAACUACAGGUCUCAUUCUGCGUUGCUUGCCUUGCCGUCUAAAUUGUUUUAUCAUAAAGAGCUGGAAGUUUGUGCAGAUACUUCAGUAGUAUCUUCUUUGUUGAAUUGGGGGAAAUUGCCCAGGAAGGGAUUUCCAUUAAUUUUUCAUGGAAUAAGGGGCAGUGAAACUCGUGAAGGUUGCAGUCCUUCAUGGUUUAAUCCAGCUGAAGCAGUUCAAGUAAUGAUGUACUGUUGCCAGCUGGCUAGAAGUGAAUACUCUGCAGUCUCAGUGACAGAUAUCGGAGUGAUUGCACCAUAUCGUAAACAGGUGGAAAAAAUUAGAGUUCUUCUCAAAAGUAUUGAUUUGGAAGAUAUAAAGGUUGGCACAGUAGAAGAAUUUCAAGGGCGGGAAUACAUGGUUAUCAUCUUAUCAACAGUGCGAUCUCAGAAAGUCAUAAUUGAUGAUGAAAAACACUGUUUGGGCUUUCUCUGUAACCCAAAGAGGUUCAAUGUAGCAAUUACUAGAGCAAAAGCUUUGCUGAUUGUUGUGGGAAAUCCUCACGUACUUGUGAAAGAUCCCUGUUUUUGUGCACUGUUAGAAUACAGUUUAAUGAACAGAGUUUACAUAGGUUGUGACCUGCCCGCUGACCUGGAGCGCCUGCAGAACAAAAUAUAUCAGUUACAAUAA